GUUAUCAAAUGUAAAUUAUUUCAUGUUCGGUGGUACCGUAAGACAAUCGUGCAUAACGUUUGCAUCCUAUUUGUAACAAGUUUGUUCGUUGAAAACACGUACAUAAAUCCUCAAAAAUUCAUUUUCGAGUCAUUUUUUUAUUGUAAUGUUUUUUUAUACGAUCAGUUUUUAAUUUCAUCGUUCAGGUACAGCUGAAACCAUGGUUAGCACAAAAAAGUUCAUUAUGGUCAAACACUUCGAUGGUUUGCCAAAAUUAUCAGACUUUUCCAUCGUGGAAGAAACUUUACCAUCUUUAAAAGACGGAGAAAUUCUUACAGAAGCGAUAUGGAUUAGCGUGGAUCCCUACAUAAGGGCAUAUUCAGUUCGAAUGCCAGCCGGUGAAAAAGUUAUCGGAGGUCAAGUAGCCAAAGUUCUCGAGAGCAAAAACCCCAACUACAAUGUGAAUGAUCUAAUCGUCGGCAAUUUCGGGUGGCAAACUGUAUCAAUAAUAUCUCCAGAUACUUUUCAUAAAACUACUGGAAAUCCGGCACCUUAUAAAUUACCAGAUAUCGGCAACUUGUCGCCUUCUCUAGGAUUAGGCAUAUUAGGAAUGCCCGGAAACACUGCGCUCUUCGGAUUUUUAGAAGUUUGUAAACCUCAGCCAGGAGAAAUAGUUGUCGUAAGUGGUGCAGCAGGCGCGGUAGGCAGUCAUGUAGCUCAAAUCGCCAAACAUAUCGGUUGUAUCGUGAUUGGGUUUGCUGGCACUGAUGAAAAAGUAAACUAUUUGCUCAACGAUUUGAAGCUAGACGCCGCCUUCAAUUAUAAAAAAGUCGAAAUCGCAUCCUCACUAGCAAAAAUAGCUCCUCAAGGAGUUGACUGCUAUUUCGAUAACGUGGGAGGAGAAAUCAGUAGUAUCGUUAUGUAUCAAAUGAAAACUAAUGGACGUGUCUCAGUGUGCGGCUCAAUUUCAUCUUAUAAUGCUGACGCAAAAAGUUUACCCAAAGCAUCGGUACUUCAACCUGCAAUCGUAAUGAAGCAAUUAUCAGUGCAAGGAUUCCUCGUAUGGAAAUGGUCGGACAGAUUUCUCGAAGGAAUUCAGCAAAAUCUUACAUGGAUCAAAGAGGGCUGGUUAAAAUAUCGUGAAAAAGUCUUCGAAGGAUUCGAAAAACUACCCGAAGCAUUUAUAGAUAUGUUAGAAGGUGGAAAUAUCGGAAAAGCGGUCGUUAAAGUAUAACUUAUUCGCUCGGCUGGUUCGAAUGACAAACAAUAAUUCUCUCAUACGCAAAGAAAAUAUUAUUCAUGGAGUAGUUUUACAUGAAUAAACAAUACUUUCAUUGUU